CGCCUAAUCCUUUAUUUAACUUUUCCAACAUAAAAGGAGAUUGCACACAAAAUCGGCCUACUUGUACUGGAUUGAGAAAAGAACCCAUUUUUUAUUGUCCGAGAUUUGCAUGAAACUGGUUGUUAGAUUCAUUCUUUCACUGAAAUGGCCACGGUGAUGAAGAUCCACGCAUGCACUUUCCAGAAAGAUCCUUACUUUUGUUUUAAGAACCGGCAAAGGAGUGGCCUUAGAGCUGGGUUUGUUCGGUCCGGUGUAGGGGUGCCCCGGCUCCAUCAUGGGUUGCAUGUGAAACCGUGCAGGUCGUUUAGGAGUGAUGGUGGUGGAGGGGGAGUUGGGGAUGGGGAGUCGAAAAGUGAGCGAAAGAGUGAGAUUGUGAAGGAAAAUGAAGUUGAGCUGAAGAAGGGAAGUGGGUUUUGGGAAAGUUUGAAAUCUGUUGUUCUGGGGGUUAGUUCACAUGAUGAGUAUAAAAAUUCUAUGGCCAAAAUUGAGAGGGUUUUCUCUACGAUUGGUGUUCAAGUAGGAAGAUAUAUUGUGACCAUGAUGAGCACAGGGGUGAUACUUGUUAUUGGCUUGCAGUUGUCAGGUGGAGACAGUCAGAUGAAUGAUCUGGUUUGGUAUAGCUGGCUUGGAGGAAUUGUCAUUGGAACUUUGGUUGGGGCUAAUUUGGUUCUAGAUGAGCACUGUCGAGCCGGUGCAAGAAAUGUGGUUAUAACUGGAAGCACAAGGGGACUGGGGAAAGCACUUGCUCGAGAAUUUCUUCUUUCUGGAGAUCGCGUGGUUGUUGCUUCUCGCAGUCCUGAAUCUGUUCAAAUGACUGUCAAAGAACUUGAGGAGAACCUCAAGGAGGGUAUGGUGGCUGCAAGUGGCCAAUCUAAGAAGAAUCUGGAACAUGCAAAAGUAGUUGGCAUAACAUGUGAUGUUUGUGAACCUACCGAUGUGCAGAAAUUGGCAAACUUUGCUCUCAAUGAAUUUGGUUCUGUUGACAUUUGGAUAAACAAUGCUGGCACUAACAAAGGUUUUAGACCGUUGCUUCAAUUUACUGAUGAUGAUAUUAAACAGAUUGUCUCGACAAAUCUGGUUGGUUCUAUUCUCUGCACUAGAGAAGCCAUGCGUAUAAUGAGCGACCAACCCAGGGGAGGCAAUGUAUUUAACAUGGAUGGUGCAGGUUCUGGGGGAUCUAGCACUCCUUUGACUGCUGUCUAUGGGUCAACCAAGUGUGGCCUCAGACAGCUUCAUGCAUCGCUUUUGAAGGAGUGCAAGGGAUCUAAAGUAGGAAUUCAUACAGCGUCUCCAGGCAUGGUCCUUACAGAGCUGCUCUUGAGUGGAUCUACUACAAAGAACAAACAAAUGUUUAACAUUAUCUGUGAGCUUCCUGAAACUGUUGCUAGAAGUUUAGUUCCACGAAUGAGGGUUGUAAAAGGGACAGGCAAGGCCAUCAAUUACUUGACUCCACCCAGGAUAUUACUUGCUUUAGUCACUGCAUGGCUACGACAGGGUCGCUGGUUUGAUGAAGAGGGGAAAGCAUUGUAUGCCUCGGAGGCAGACAGAAUCCGCAACUGGGCAGAAAGCCGUACACGGUUCUCAGUUACAGAUGCAAUAGAGAUGUACACGGAAAACACCUGGGUGUCUGUGUUCUCACUCUCUGUGGUCUGUGCCUUUAUUAUCCUUUCAAGCACCACAGGCAGCACAUUUCAUGGAACAUGAGACCAACUAGUUAUAAACUACUAAACAACAAGAAUACAGAAGUCAAGCCUUGCAGCUAGUUACAACAUAGGAUACAAGUAUAGCAUUGCUGAGGUAUGGUUGCUUAACCUUUUGCAGCUGCAACCAUUAGGCGCUUCAGUGCACCGUUGGUAAGUCAUAGGUGGUCUUGUAACAGGAACCUUGUACGAUUUGACCUGCAUUGUAUUUGUACAUGCCUUGGACAAAAUUUGUCGAUCUUGUCUAUACAGAAGCAAACAUUCUUGAUUCCAUUACCAUAUCAGACUGAUUUACAUAUAAUCUCCUUCACGAAUGAAUAUGAAUUCAGUUA